CACCUUGAGGAAUCAAUUGUUGAACCAAAGCCAUCUUACUGGAAGACUCGCUUUGCUUUCCUCAAGGAUCCCAAUUUCCUCAAAGUAUUGUUCCUCGGCCAAUUGCUAUCGUUGUGUAUUACGGGUACAAAUGUCACUACUACCAAACUGGCCAACGAUUACAAUUUCUCGGCCCCAACAACCCAAACAUUUAUGUGCUAUGCUUGUCUUGCUCUGGUAUAUAAUUCAUAUGCUCUUUACAAGCGAGGUAUCUGGGGAUGGUUAAUGCAGUUCCGUCGUCGAGGCAUCUUUUACUUCUUUUUGGGAUUUAUUGAUGUAGAGGGUAACUACUUGGUCGUAAAGUCUUUCCAAUAUACAUCUCUGCUGUCCGCAAUGCUGCUCGAUUGCUGGAGUACUCCGGUCUGUAUGAUCCUCUCGUUUAUCUUCCUCAAGGUCCGGUAUCGAUGGGUCCAAUAUGUCGGUGUCAUCAUUGCACUGAUUGGUCUGGCCCUCUUGGUCGUCAGUGACCUAAUCACCGACAAAAACUAUACCGCAAGUAACCCAGUCAAGGGAGAUUUGUUUUGUCUGCUCGGCGCAACCUUUUAUGGCUUCUCCAAUGUCGGCGAAGAAUUCAUGGCACGCAAACACCCUCUCUACGAAGUCAUCGGCAUGUUUACCUUCUUUGCAACCUUUAUCAACUUUGUCCAGCUCAUGAUCCUCGAACGAGACGAAUUCCACACCUUUGCCGACCAGCCCGAGGCAAUCGGCAUGGUCGUCGUCUACACCGUCUGCAUGUUCACUCUUUACUCACUUGCCCCGGUCAUGUUCAGACUCGGAAGUGCCUUGCUCUACAACCUCUCGAUCCUCACCAGUGACUUUUAUGGCCUGAUCUUUGGUCUCGGUCUGUUUGGAUACAAGGUCAGCAUCCUCUACCCCUUUGCAUACGUUAUCGUUAUCAUCGGCAUCUGCAUCUACCACAUC